GGGCUGGGGCCAGAGGGCGGCGAGCGCGUUGCCAUGGCACCGGGGCUGCGGGGGCUGCAGGACUGCUACUCUCUCUCGUCUCCAGUCGCUGCCGGCAGUGCAGGGCUGUGCAGCUCUUGGGCUUCAGUGCCCGGGGUUGAUUUGGCCGGCCACUGCUAGCACGGGCUCUGUCGAGGGUGUCGCCUGCUGGGGUCGAGCUGCUGCGGUGCCCUCCGUAGCAAGACACACUUCGCUGUCCUCGAGAGCGAGCCCGACACUAGCAACUUCUGCUUGGCGAGCCUAACUUCUGCGCUGGGUUUGGACUUGACAGGAGCGGCUCACCGCGCGCAGUUGGGGCGGUGGCCCCGCAGGCUCACCAUCACUGAGAUGACCUCCCCUCUGUGCUUCUGGUGCUUCUGCGUCUGGGCCGCUGCCAACUGGCCGCCAGGAAGCGCCCUACAGCUCCAACCCGGCAUGCCAAAUGUUUGCAGAGAGGAGCAGCUGACCUUGGUAAGACUGUCUCGUCCAUGCACCCAAGCUUUCAUAGAUACCAUCCAGUUCUGGAAACAAGGCUGCUCAGGCCCACGGUGGUGCAUGGGAUAUCACAGAAGGAUUCGCUACUACAUCAUCUACAGACAUGUAUAUGCCACAGAGCACCAGACAGUCUUUCGGUGCUGCCCUGGUUGGAACCGAUGGGAUAAUGAACCAGGCUGCUUCUCCUCUGUCUCUUCCUUGGGAACUCAUUUCAGUAGAAGGGAGUGCUCAAAUCAGGACACUCAGCAGUGCCUUUGUUCACAAGGAUUUCAUGGACCCCAUUGUCAAUAUGAUAUAAAUGAAUGUGCUGUUGACAAUGGUGGCUGUCAAGACCGAUGCUAUAAUACGAUUGGCAGUUAUUACUGCGUAUGUCAAGCUGGCCAAAAACUGGAGGAAGAUGGCAGAGGAUGUGAAGACAUGGAUGAGUGUGCGGUGGUGAACGGAGGCUGCCAGCAGCGCUGUAUUAACACUCUGGGCACCUUCCACUGUGAGUGUGACACAGGAUACAGACGCCAUGCUGAUGAACGUACCUGCAUAAAUACAGACCCCUGUGCAGGUGCGAAUGGAUGUGCUCACUUAUGUCAAAGUGAAAAUGGCAUGGCCAGGUGUGCCUGUCAUGCUGGGUACCAGCUGUCUGAAGACAAAAAGAACUGCGAAGAUAUAAAUGAGUGUGCUGAAGAGCUCGCUCCCUGUGCUCAUCACUGUGUGAACUCAAAGGGGUCCUUCAUGUGUACCUGCCACCCUGGCUUUGAGCUAGGAGCUGAUGGAAGACAUUGUUACAGAAUUGAAUUAGAAAUUGUCAAUAUCUGUGAGGAGAACAAUGGUGGCUGUUCUCAUCACUGCCAACCUGCAACGGGUGGAGCCCACUGUUCCUGUAACCAUGGACAUCAACUCGAUACGGAUGGGAAAACAUGCAUAGACUUUGAUGAAUGCGAGAGCGGAGAAGCCUGCUGUGCCCAGCUCUGCAUCAACUACUUAGGAGGCUAUGAGUGCAGCUGUGGGGAAGGCUUUCAGAUCAGUUCAGACGGUUGUGGAUGUGAUGCUUUAGAUGAUGAGCAGUUCGAGGAUGAAGAAGAGGAAAUAGACAUUCUGAGGUUUCCAGGCCAUCUGGUUCAGAGCCCACCUUAUCCUGAUCCUUCUCUGACUGCUUCAUAUGAAGAUGAAGACAAUGAUGAUGCUAAUCAGGAAGCAGAAGGAGAGGUCCAAGGGCUGACAGCCUUGCACAGAGUUGUCUGUUUAGAUGGCACCUUUGGCCUGGAUUGCAGCUUGAGCUGUGAAGAUUGCAUGAAUGGAGGGAGAUGCCAAGAAGGAAAGAGUGGGUGCUUGUGCCCAGCAGGAUGGACUGGCCUCAUAUGCAAUGAAAGCAAUAUCCUAAGAACUGGGGAAGAUCAACAAGCUCCUGUGGGAUGCCUGAAAGGGUUCUUUGGGAAGAACUGCAAAAGAAAAUGUCAUUGUGCUAACAAUACUCAUUGCCAUAGGGUAUAUGGUGCCUGCAUGUGUGACCUAGGGCGCUAUGGAAGAUUCUGCCAUCUUAGCUGUCCCAGGGGAGCCUAUGGAGCUAGCUGUUCUUUGGAAUGUCAGUGUGUGGAAGAGAACACCCUGGAAUGCAGUGCCAAAAAUGGUAGUUGCACCUGCAAAUCAGGUUACCAAGGCAACCGAUGCCAAGAAGGUACAAUCCGAUGAUGGAUUUUUGUGCUUCUUGAAUAAUAAUGAUUGGCCUUUGUUCAACACUAUUUGGUCGUUAAUUAGUUAAUCCAAACCAGUGUCCUUGGAGAUGGGGAGGCUGUAUUGAUCUCCUGUUGGAGGUGAGGAAACCGAGGCGUGAGUGCAAUACAAUUAUUUAACCUUGUCUUCUUGGCCUAUGCUCUCAGAAUUCUCCUUGCCUUCCUGAGCAGAGGAAGAUUGCACAUCUUAAAACUAUAUAUGGAAACAAUUACAGCUCAAUAACAUAGACUCAUCAACCAAGGACGUUCUCUCCUACAGCAUGAAGGACUUUCCUUUUCCAAUCUAAAAGUCAGUCAACCAAACCAAUUUAUUAACAGUUUUUUAAUACUGAGAUCUUAAAUAUGGAUACCAAUACUGUCAUUUUUCAAAUAUCUAUAUAUCACCUAAGUUUAGAUAAAUCUACCAGUAAAAAAACUAUGAUUCCAGUAAUAAGAAACACAUAGAGAUAUAUGUGUAGUCACGUGUGGAAUUUGGAGAAAUGGGAUUCCACCUGACAGCAAGCCAUGCCUGACUUGUAGACUCCAUAAGGACUUGCUUAUGUUUUUGGUGUCUGGUCACCAUGUCACUGACUUCCACGGAUGCCACUUCUUAAGAAGACAGUGAGCAGCUUUCCUGGAGUUCCUUUUGUUGCCGUAUAGUAUGUCUUGUCUUCUACUCUAGGAUAUUCACCCAUUAUUGUUGCAUUUACUAUCGACUGCUUGUUCUCUUGCUUGAAUCCAAGUUCUAUGUAGGCAUUCCUGUUUGUUUCUUCCUGAAUUUCCUCACUCCUUCAAUAAAGACAGUCACCAGUAAAUCUUUU